AGCUCAAAGAUGGUACAUACGUGGACGAUACAAACAUUGCAAGCGACACAGUGGAAAAAAACGAUAGAAAUCAAAGAAGAUGCUGUGAAAAUCCUGGGAGAUGGUGGGUUCAUGUUACAUAAAUGGCAUUCAAACGCCGCAGAAUUAGAAAGUGAGGUAAAGGAAGAUGGAGAAAACACCUAUGCGCAGGAAUGUCUAGGGACCACACCAUCAGAGACUAAACUUCGUGGAUUAGGCUGGAAGAAAUCAGAAGACACCUUGUCAGUGACAUUUCCACCAAACGAAAAUGAAGUUACGAAAAGAAUCGUUCUGAGAACUAUGGCAAAAAUCUAUGAUCCGCUGGAAUUAGCUGCUCCUAUUCUACUCACGGCCAAAGUGAUCUUUUGAGAUAUCUGUGAUUCUAAGCUGGGAUGGGAUGCAGAUCUACCUGAAGAGCUAAAGCGGCGAUGGGAGAAAUGGUUGAAGAAUUUAUCAGUCCAGUUGAAAAUGCCAAGAGCAAUACCUAGAGAAAUCGGUGUGAUUGUCGAAUUGAUUCUUCAUGGAUUCGCAGAUGCGAGCCUUCUUGUUUGUUACGCUGGGAUCUACGCUGUUAUCAAGCAAGCUGGAGUGAUUAGUCAAGGGUUCCUGUUUUUGAAAACAAGAUUGGCCAAACGGGACUUGACUAUUCCGCGUCUGGAGUUAAUGAGUUGCCACAUGCUAAGUAACCUCCUACAUAACACAUUCAAAGUUCAUAUACACAUUGCUGGUGUAUUCGCAUGGUCUGAUACUACUGUCUGUCUUCAAUGGAUCCAAGGUCAGGGAAGAUAUAAACAAUUCGUGGCUAAUCGGGUAGAGAGAAUAGACGAGAAAGAAGAAAUCGUAUGGAAAUACGUGCCUAGUAAAGAGAAUCCUGCGGAUAUCAGUAGUCGGGGAUCAAGUGACUUGGAAACUACCGAAAUGUGGAUGAACGGUCCUUCAUGGCUGAAUAAUUCCGACAGCUGGCCGGAACAGAUUGUUGCUAAAUCUUCUGAUGUGUCGGAGCCCGAAAGUCACACAAUCAAGACCGUGCUGAUGAAAGGUGGUGUUCAACGAAAAUCAGAUGUCUUUGACGACCUUUUAGCGAAAACAACCCUGUGGAGAACUGUGCGAAUUUUGGCAUGGAUCAAAAGAUUUGCGGUCAAUUGUCGAAGAAGUAAAAGAAUUAGCGGACCACUAACGACUGAAGAGACUGAGGAACAAUUGAAAUUUGUGAUUAAACGAGCUCAAAAAGACGGCGAAAAUUCUGUUCAAUUCAAAGAACAUUCUCUACGAUUGAAUCUCCAGAAAAACGAAGAAGGCAUUUACGUGUGUAAAGGGAGAAUUCAAGUGUUUUAUCCGAUUUACUUGCCAUCAAAUCAUCUCCUAUCUCUGAAGAUUUAACCAUGAGUAAAGUAAGCGACGAUUAUUGGAUCCCUACAUCAAUGCCUGCUCGAAGUCAAUGCCCGUUUUACACAACGCCAAUGCCUGCUCCACCUCAGGGGAUCUUCCAAAAGAACGAACUGAAGGUGAAACCCCCUUCGAAGUAACUGGUUUCGAUUAUGCCGGGCCAAUCUAUUACAAGGGAAAUUUGGGGAACUGAUCGUAAGUCGUAUAUAUUCAUCUACACCCGCAGUUUAACUAGAGGACUUCACUUGCAGAUUCUGCCAAAAAUGAGCUGUGAAGAGUUGCUGAUGAGUUUUAAAAGAUUUAUCGCAGCAAGAGGUCGGCCGAAGAAGAUCAUAUCCGAUAAUGGAAAGACUUUUGUGGCUGCUGCCAAAUGGAUCAAGAAAGUCGUACGGAACGAAAAGUUACAAGGCUAUCUGAGUGAACAUGGUAUGAAACGGCAGUUCAAUCUAAGCAAAGCUAGCUGGUGGGGUGGAAUGUUUGAACGAAUGGUUAGCAUAGUGAAACAAGCUCUUUACAAGGUUGUAGGAUUGGCAAAACUUAUCUUCAAAGAAUUGCAUGACGUGAUGCUAGAUAUCCAGCUCGUAUUGAACAAUCGACCACUAUCGUACUGUGAGGAUGACAUUCAACUUCCCGUGUUGACGCCGAACAUGAUGAUCUUCGGUAAAGCCAAUUACCUGAGGAUAUAGAAGAACGAAACCUGCGAAAGAGGGCGAAGUAUUUGAAGAAAUGUAAGGACGCGUUGUGGCAACGAUGGAAACGAGAAUACAUGAGAGCACUUCGCGAAAGGCAUAAAUUAACACAUGAGGGAAAGAGAGAGAGCUACGAAAGGGUGAUGUUAUGUUGAUCAAAGGUGAUGAAAAGAAUCGUAGACUGUGGAAAAUUGGGAUUGUUGAACAACUUAUACCCGGAAGAGACGGACUGGUUCAUGGAGUUAAAUUACGUGCAGCAAAAUCAUUCAUAAGACCAAUACAAUUUCUUUACUCUUUGGAAUUGCAUUGUGAUAGAGAAAGCAACCAAGAAACUGUUCCAUUGAAUCCUGCUGCAAAGGAGUUCAAACCAAAGCGUAGAGCGGCUGUCGAUGCAAGGAAGAAUAUUGAACUAAUUUGUGAAUAUGAAGAGGAAGAACUUUGAUGGGUAAAGACGGCGAAUUCGUGUAGACGUUCGUGUGUAUAUAAGACAGAUAAGUUUAUAUUUAAAGUGCCUAUAUCACUUGUGGGACCUUUAUGGAUUCGAAAAGAGCGUAAAAAGUUAGUUAAUAAGUUCAAAAGAUUUUUUUGAUUUAGUGCAAUAAUUUCGAAGAUACAGGGCUCUAAACAACCCACAGUUCCUGAGUCCCAGGCUCCCAUUGACAAUGGACAGUUUCGAAAAAGGCCAAAUUCAAUAGCCGUGUUUAGACCCCAGGAACCUGGGACUCAGGAACUGUGGGUAGUUUAGAGGCCUGUAUCUUCGAAAUUAUUGCACUAAAUCAAAAAAAUCUUUUGAACUGAUUAACUAACUUUUUACGCUCUUUUCGAAUCCAUAAAUGUCUCACAAGUGAUAUAGGCACUUUAAAACUUACGUUUCUAAAUAGGGGGAGUGUGACGGGAAAAAGUUGACAUUACGUAAUUAAUAGUUAAAUUUAGAGAUGAGGCGACUACCAUAUAUGGUAUUGAUUGACAGGCAUGCUAGAUAAAAGGAAUGUUGUUAUUGGGAAUAUAUGUAACUGAGAGCGAUUCUGGGAAGGGAUAUAUAUAAUACAAAACAUAAUAUAUAACGCGUAAUUUGCUCUUAUUGUGGGGAUCAAACGAAAAUCUACCACACACAUGUGGAAGUAAAAUUUCACACGUAAAAUUUAAUUUCACAUACGUAGCUACGUGCAAUUAGAAAAUAAUAAUAAUAAUAAUAAAAGAAAAUUUGUUUCCAUCGGUGAAAAUCCAUGUGAAGUUUUGAUUGCAUGGGCCGGAAUUUUAAGCCCGGGCUGAAUUUACGAUUACAUGCCAAAUUUCAAUCCGGCAUGAGUUAAAAUUUCGGUUAAAGCCCGUGUGAAGUCUCAGCCCGGGAAGUCAAUCAAGUCACAAAAUGAAGCUAUUCCGCUUCUUCGAAGAAGACAAUAAAUGACAAAAUUUUAUGUCAAUUAUUUCACUUAUGUGAAACUGCACGUAGUUACAUUUAAAAAUAAAACAAACAGGUGUUUUUUUUUCCACCAGGUUUGAAAUUUCCCGUCGAUUAUAGGUCGAUUUCAGCCCGGUCACUGAACCGGGAUGAAAUUUUCAGCCCAGCUACUUUCUAGCUUUAACUGGGCUGAACCUCAGCCCGUGUUGAAAUUUCUGUCAUAUAGUUGUUCUUGGUCAGCCGGGGCUGACAUUUCUGUCAUACAGUAAUUCUUGGUCAGCCCGGGCUGAAAUUUCCGUCAUGUUAGGCCUGGCCGAAAUUUCAGCCCAGGAAAGCAGGAUUUAUCUCAGCCUUGGCUGAAAAAUCUCCACGUAUUCAGCCCCUAAUUUUAUGCAAUCACUUAUCAGUGUUUGGUUUUGUUCAUGAGGAAAGUAAAAAAACACGACCUUCCCAUUUUUUUUAUUUCUUCAUCAGGAGUAUAAUGCAAGCUGCCUCGUUGUGAAAGACAGUAUAAAAGGUAAUUUAUGAUUUUCGUUUACUGAGCUCGUUAUGGAGUUCUACAUAACCGUAGAAAAAUACGUAAUUUUUCAGUAGUGAGCACAUGAAUUAUUUAUCGUCCCUCAAAAGACAGAUGUCUUUUGUUAACCUGGAGAAAGCGGGCUCUCGUGAUCGUGAAGCGGGUCUCUAUAACAAGAAUAUACUGAGGAAUAUUUCCAAUUUUUCACUCAUUAUUUACGGGAGAAUCUUAAGGGAAUCAUUAUAUCAUAUAUAUGUUAUGUUUUUUUAACUGUUAUUUGAGAUGUACGUGAACACAGUCAAAUGCUAAUACGUUGUUGUAGCAUACAUAACAGCGUAAUGUACGGUCAACUUUUCCUACGAAAGACAUUCGUAAAAGACAAAUUCAGUGUUUUUCCAAGUUUAAACUCUUUUUUUACCCAUUAUAGUUGCGGAAAAAGGUUGUGCAAAUUUUUAUGAAUCCGGGGAGAGAAAAGAUGGUGUGUAUACUAUCGAUGCUGAUGGCUUCGGAGCAUUCCAAGUCUGGUGUGAUAUGCAAACUGUUGGAGGCUGGACGGUGUUUCAGAGACGACAGGACGGAAGUGUAAAUUUCCACCUUAAUUGGUCAGAAUAUAAAGUUGGCUUUGGUAACUUGAGUGGCGAAUUCUGGCUCGGAUUAGAUAAUAUACAUCGUUUGACGAAAUAUAAUCAAAGUGUUUUAAGAGUUGACUUGAUGGAUAUUGAUGGUUCAAAAGGCUACGCCCAGUAUAUGUCUUUUUCUGUGGCUUCUGAGUCAGAGAGCUACAAACUAAACGUUGGUAAUUUUUCAGGUAAAUAUAUAACAACAAGCACAUGGCAAAUAAACUAGGCAAAAUAUAGAAUAUUCAAGCAUACUAAAUUGAUGGUGCAUGCAUAGGUACAUGUUUUUGUCAUAAAAUAUGCUCUGAUUUAAUUUGCAAAAUUCUUUAUAAUAAAGUAGAUUAACUAAAGAAGCAUACUCCCUGCAAAACAGUAUACUAUAAGCAACAAAGAUUAAUUGAGCAUAUUAAAAACAGCUAACCAAGGUCACGUGACUGCCGACACACAUGCGCUUUCCACUUCGUUUAAUCCGGGCUUUAGGAGUAUUAGAGAAAUCAAUUGACCCUCUUUUCUGCGCGGUGUGAGGUGGCCUGUAGGCUGACUGAAUAGAAAUGGAAUAUAAAUUUCUAUUUUCUCAUUUGAAAGAAAUUUUGAAACUGUAUAUUAACUUCUUUUACGGACUUUGCAUAUCUUGCUUAGUUCUUGAAAUAUUUUCACUUGAAGUGAUGAGAUGUCUGCCAUCUUGGAUACGUUUUUUAUCUCAGUGACGGUAGUUUCUGUGACGUCACAACAGGGAUUAACCAUAUAAAAGUAUUCGUUGCGGACCAAAUAUUGAUUGGUAGAUGUUUUAAAGGUUUUGAGAAAUCUUGAUAUUUCGAAAAGCAGACAGGCAGAGUAUAGUUUUGACUGCAAAAUGAUUGGUGGUUGUCCAGAUAAAAAUAUUGCGUGACCCCUGUAUUUGUGACGUGCAUGCAUAUCUACAAAAGUUGAAGAUGGUAGACAUUUCAUUCCUUUCGAUCAAAAUAUUUGUAGAAGUAUGCAAGAUAUGAAAAAGGGUAAAGGAGUAUUAUAUAUUGUCUUAAACGUUCUUUCAAAUGAGAAAAUAAAUAUUACCAACUUUUAGCUGUUUACCAACAUUUUUUACUCCAACGUAAGAUCCUUAAGUGCUAAGAUUGAUGAUUUGCAAACUGUCACCCAACGUAGAUGUAUUUAAGCGCUAAGAUUGAUGAUUUGCAAACUGUCACCCAACAUGGAUGUAUUUAAGUGCUAAGAUUGAUGAUUUGCAAACUGUCACCAAAUAACGUAGAUGUAUUUGCAAUAACAGAAACCUGGUUAAAUCCUAGAAUCACCGAUGCUCCAAUAUCCCCUCCCAGGCUACUCUAUUGUACGAAACAAUCGCGAAAAUGGCAAAUGCGGCGGAGGAGUGUGCGCUUUCAUUAUGUCCAAUAUACCCUUUUCCACCCUUCCUAACUUUAGUGCCCCCGAUGAUGAAGGUGUGUGGUUAAAACUCAGACCUAAUUACCGAUUACCUCGCGAACUAUCCUGCAUCUUUGUUGGCGUGAAUUACCAUCCACCACUAGCUGAUAACAAUAUCCUGCAAGAAUACCUUAUUUCCACGGUAAAUAAACUAUUGCAUGUUAGACCAUCCUAACGCAUGAAUUAUGAUAUUGGGCGAUUUCAAUCAUUUUGAUCACAAAACGUACUUUAUGCCGCCAUUCUUUCUUGAAACAACCCUUGUAGAAUCCGACAUAUUUAUAACCUAUUUUAGACCUAGUUUUCUCUAUUUAGCCCUAUUUUUUCCGUAUUUUUUCAAAAAAAUGACUAUUUUAUUACUAUUUAUCAAAUUUCAUAAAGUAGUAUAUGACUAUUUACACUCUAAAUAGUAUUUAACAAUUAUUCGCCGAAGGCGAGGUGAUUAUCGGGGAAUAUUCGCCGACGGACAAAGUCGGGGUGAAUAUUCCCCGUUAAUCACCAAGCCUGAGGCGAAUAAUUGUUUUAGUAUUUUUACACAAGUCGUUUGUGUUUUGGGGACUAAAUUUAUUUUAAUUUCGCUUAGUAUUUCUUUAUCAGUAAUUUCCACAAAACGGCUAGCCGCCAUUUUGAAAAUUUCGGUUUUGUUUAUAUAUUCACCUGUAGGUGAAAUAUAACAAUACGUCUUAAUACGUCAAAUUGGACCGAUCAACGUGUAGGACUUGUUAUGUUCACUUUUGCAAAAAUAAUAAAUACAUAUAACCAAUAAUGGAAACUUUAUUAAUGAUUUUUUUUUUAAGUUACAUAGCCUACAAUUGUAAAUCUCACUUAUAUAAGGUAAUUCACAAUCGUCUACUUGAAUCAAUAAUAACUAUACAUACACAAUAUAACAAUAAUAACAAACAACAAAUAUAUAGUACAAUUUUUAAAAGGUUAAUAGUUCUGGAUUUGUCCAUUCUUUGUUUCUGCAGCAAAAUAUAUAGUAAGGUGUUCUGAUCGCAAUCGUCGUCAUUCGUCUAAAGCAGUAUUUUUGGUGGUUUUUAUCGAAGCCAAGAUCAUUAAGCAUGUCCAUGAAAGUCAAGCAUUCUUUUGCAAAAACUCCAAGACUGCUAAUUGAAAUAUUUAUAAAUUUGACCUUCUCGUAAUACUCGCUUUGUUCCCUAAUUAAUUCUGAGUAUUUGGCCUUUUUGCGUUGAACAUUCUUUUCGAGAUUAGACUCGUACCCAACAGUUAGUUCCACGAUAUAUAAACAUCCACUUGAGGUUGAAAGCAGCAAAUCAGGACGAUAACAGUCAUCAGUAAUGAUGGAUGGACUUUUGUAUCCUGGGAGAUCCACAUAAAGACAUGAUCCGCUCACAGUCUGUAGGUUCGUCGCAAGAAAGUUUAAGACAGAAUCGUGUCUUCAUGUGUAUCGUUCCAGAUAUGAUUGACAGCCUGCUACAACAUGUAAAAGGGUUUCGGGGGCUAGUAAUAAUAAUAAUAAUAAUCAUAAUCAUAAUCAUAAUCAAAAUAUUUAGUAUAAUUACAUAGGUGAUUAUUGAAAUUUCUCCACGCUGAUUGGUUGCCGUUGAGGUGAUUAUUACACGAUAUUCACCUAAGCGAUUUUCAAAAUGGCGGCCGAAGCCUUUUUGUCAAUUAAAUGACGAAGAAAUGUGUAUUUUCUUAUAUUUCCCAAAUAAUCACGUAUGAAAUUAUACUAAAAGAAUUAUUCACCUCAGGCUCGGUGAUUAUCGUGAAUAAAAACCUGGACUUCGUCUCGGUUUUUAUUCACCGAUAAUCACCUCGCCUUCGGCGAAUACUUGUUAAAUAUUGCCAUUUCUCUUUAAGUAUCCAAGGAUGUGGAACUCACCAUAUUAUGUAUGCAACAUGGUGGUGGACUAUAGAUGGCAAAAUUAGGAUUAUAUGAUAUAUUUACGUAUAUUUAUUAUAAUAUUUAUUUAUAAGAUUGGCCAUAAGACGAUACAAACAUCAAGGCAAGUAAAAACGCGAUGGCAGGGACUGGGCCAGAGAUUAACUCUCCAAUAACGUGGUCCCAACAAAAAAAUAAAAAUAAAACGUUCUAACAACAAGUUCUCACAGAUAGACUGAGGAAAAAAUGAGUUGUGUGGCACUUGAUACACACAGACUUCAAUGUUUUCGGGUCCUCCGGAUCGUAAUUCGAUUAGUAAGCUCCGAGGAGUACUUGAAUAAAAAGGUUUUGAAUGACGCCAGGGAUCUUGUAAUGUCUCCAACAGAAUAAGGGAGAAUGUUCCAUACACUACGAGCUCUUACGUAAUAGGUAUUCUGAUAACGGACUGUUCUGCAUUUCAUUGCAUUCAAUAAAGUUCUUUAGGGGUAUGUAGUUGUUCUAACAGGAACCCUAGUGGAAGUAUUCUUAUCAGGAUUGUGAAUAAUGUGCACUUAAAGAGGUGGAUCAAAUCAACAUACUCGUACCAAUAUAGUAGAAUUAACUAGUAAGCCCACUACUUCACUGAAUAAUUAAUGACCUCACCGUGGAACACCCCCACAAAAAUCUUGUUCGAUCGAAACCUCUAUUACGCUUACCCUAAGAUGCACGGCGACCUCGCAUUGCGUUCCGUCCAUGCCCUCGCCACUCAAGAAUACCAUAGACUUCCAAAUCAUAAUAAACAAGACGCUUGCUAAGCGUUUUCUCCAGCUAAAGGAUUUGCAAAAUAUCUGCGUAUAUCCAGCGUAUUCGCAUCAAGAUUGAAUAUCGUUUUAUAUCUUAGCUUACACCUUUAAAGUGCAUUAUUUACGCGUUAAUUGAGCGAGAUUCCUUGUGGCGUAGUGGUCGGUUUGCGAAGCGUGGUUGCCGGGUUCAAAUACCGGCGUAAACUACAGCUUCAUUUUCAAAUUAAAAAAUUUUUUCAACUUCUUCCGAGUAUGAUUUUAAGGUUAGGUCUUAGGAUUAAGAGUUAGGGUUGUGUGUGGGGUGGGUUUAAUUUUUUUAAGUGAAUAUUUUUAACACUUUAGAACUAACUUCCUGACUGCCGGGCACACUGCCCGACUGCAUUCCGAUGGAAUUAAGUUUGAUAGUUUAGAUACAUAUGGAGCACACAAAAUAUGCGCACAUGCAGUUGCUUAGUUUUGAUCGAGUACACCGAAUAUGGGUACAGCCGUUUAAGUUUUGGUCGAGUACGCUUUUAUUAUAGAAAGCGUACGGCCGUUCACGUUUACUUUUGAUCGAGUAUGCUUAGAAAGCGUACAGCCGUUUACUUUUGAUCGAGUACACGUAAAAGCAUACAUUCACAAAUACUUAAUCGAGUACGCAUAUUAAAAUCCACUAUUAUUAUACUUUUUGUAUAAAGAGUACUGAAUACAGUCCUCAGAAGGUAAGCAAAGUAAUAGCACGAGAGCAGGAAGUCGAAUGAGCCAUUGAACGCCAGCACGAAGAGCAGGAAGUCGAAUAAGCCAUUGAACGCCAAUAAGAUAAUCAUAAAUAAUCACAUGCGUCCACGAUUUGUUUCGAUUGGUCAGAAUUAAAGAGUGGCCGCGUGGAAGACCACGCGGCCACUUUUUCUUGCGCGAAAAAAACCCCCGACCGAAACUGUGACUCGAGCUGAGCUCGAAUAAUAAUUAAUGAAAGGGCAUAAUGAAAAAGAAGUCCAGCAAGCAUACUCAAUGUCCAGAAAUUUAAUGCAUUCUUCAAACAUUUUAGGCAAUGCCGGCGAUUCAUUGAGUUAUCACAACGGAAUGAUGUUCACGACCAAAGACAGAGAUAAUGACAAAAGAGAGAACGACAACUGCGCUACGAAUCGAAAAGGUGCUUGGUGGUUCAACAAUUGUGCCCGCUCUAAUCUCAAUGGUCAGUAUAUGCUUAAAAUCAAGUGGCACCAAUGGAAAAACAACAACAGAUCAACUGAAAAAGUUGAGAUGAAAAUACGUCCAAUACAGCUUUAGAAACACAAUC